GGUGGUGGCCGCGGUGAGAAGGUAGAAGAGAAGAAGGAGGUGGUAUAGGAGGAGGAGGAGGUGGGUGAGGAGCGCAGCAUCAGCAGCAGCACGAACACAAAGAGGUCGCAGAGCUGGCAGCGCCGCACACGCAUGAGAAAUGACAGAGCGCUGCGGGACGCGACUGAGAGCACAAGGACCGCUAUAAAACACAACCAGCCAGACCGGCGACGGCUGGGCAAAUUCCAGCCGUUCCGCCGUCUGUUUGGGAAGAAGAGGAGGAGGGAGACAGAUCGAGGGUUUGAAGAAACCAAGCUCAAACUCAGCCACUCCACUGGUGAUGUGUGCAAUGGGGCGGUCUCAGGCCAGGAGUCCAAUCAGCAUCUAAGGGAGACAAAUCCACUUGGGUCUCGGGCUUUUUCACAUGAGAGCAUCUUUAUCCCUGAGGAUUCUAUAGAGAAGCCCUGCUCAGAACAGACAAUGUCUCAAGACAACGUCUCAGACAAAGUCAAGAACCUACAAAGGCAGAUAGCUCACAAUAUAAAAUUUGGUCAGAAACCCCCCUCAGUAAGAAAGAGUGAGGGAGAUGAAGGCAGCUCUGAUGAGGAAGAGGUACCAAGAAGUCCAUUGCGUGUCCUGGCACAGGUGGAGCCAGAGCCACAGGACACUGAGACCCGGGAAAAAGUCUCUUUUGCAACCCAUGAUGUGGCUCAGCACAGGACUCCUGUGAAAUCGCCUCGUACCAAACGUCCACCUCCCCCUGGCACUAUUGAAUCAAUUAACCUGGAUGCGGUUCCCCAGUCAGCUCCACGCUUGGACAACACAGCUGCCAAACAUAAACUGUCUGUAAAACCCAAAAAUCAGCGAAUAUCACGCAAGCACCGCAGGUUUACACAGGAUUUCCAUGAAGUGGAUAUUUCUGCAGUACUUUAUGAAGAAACAGAGCCACAGACACUUGCCGAGGAUUCAGGAGUGAGGAAAGAAGAGUACAUAAGAAGUCACAGGACCAGUUUAGAACAAGAGCCUUCUGAAAGAUCUAAGAAGCAGAAACUUCAGGAAAAAGAGCAAAAAUGUCUGGAGCUUCAGAGGAAGUGGGAGCAAGACGAACAGAGAAGGAGAGAGAUUGAGAAACAGAGAAGGAAGGAGGAAGAAUUGCGUCUGGAAGAAGAACACAGAAAGUGCAGGGAACAGGAGGAACGCCUGCGAAGAGAGGAAGAGGACAAAAGGUGGCAGGUGGAAGAGAGAAGGAAAGAAGAAGAGGAACAGAAAAAGAGGGAGGAGGAGCAACGAUUGAGAGAGGAGGAAGAGAGGAAGAGACGUGAGGAAGACAAAAAAAAGAAGAUAGAAGAGGAAAGACGAAAAGCAGAGGAGGAAAGAAGAAAGCAGCAGGAACUUCUAGCAGAGCGUCUUCGCUUGGAGGAGGAAAAACGGAAGAGAGAAGCUGAAGAGGAGGAAAGAAAGAAGAAGGAAGCGGAAGAAAGACAGAGGCUUUUGUUGGAGGAGAAACGGCGCAGAGAAGAACUAGAGCUUCAAGAGGAACUAAAAAGGCAGCAAGAAGAGGAGGCCAAGAGGAAACGAUUAGCAGAGGAAAGGGAAAGAAAAAGGCAGCAAGAGGAGGCAAGUGUCGUUGAGGAGCUCACCAGAACCACUGAUCCAGAAUGGAAGAGGAAAGCAGAAGAGUUGAGAUGGAAGGAGAUGGAAGAGAGACAAAGACCCUUUACCUUUAAAGUGUCCUCUGGCGAGAAGCAGAUUCUUUUUCAGAAGGUCAACCUUUCCCCAGUUACCCCUGUACCUGGUCAGCAGGGGGAUACAGGUGCUGAAAUUAAGGAAGGCACUUCAGGAGUUGCUGAUUCUCCAGUGUUAUCUUCAUCCCUGUAUGUUCCUCACACUGCUAUCUUAGUAACUGGAGCUCAGCUGUGUGGAACUGCAGUAAAUCUGGAUCAGAUAAAGGAUACAGCUUGUAAGUCUCUGCUUGGUCUCUCUGAGGACAAAAAAGCACUGGCACCACAAGUCAAGAGCAAGACGUUGCCAGAUCGAAAAUCAGGAAGAACCAAAUCUCUAAAUGAAUCGUCUUUAUCUGCAGAUCAGUCUAAUGCUGAUGUUCUAGCAGAGUGGGCCAAUAUUCGCUCAAAGAUUUUUAAAGGUGCUGAAGAUGGAAUGUACCAGGAAUACCCAGAUCAGACUCGUAAGCAGGGGGAAAGUCCAACAAGUGAAGAUGUCAGCCAGCCACCAUUCUCUCACACCAAUGUCAGGAAGACAGUGUCAGCUAGCGCAAAGUUUUCCAUCACUCCAGCCAGUAAAAAGUUUGCUGAUUCAAAUAGAAAUUCUGAAGUAUUCAGUCCAGAAGAAAGUGAAUGUGGCAAGGUGGAAUCACCGUCUACAGAUGCUCCCAACCAGCCUGUUCUUUCACCCUCUGCUAACAAAUCUCCAAAUAAGGCAGGAAAGACAGUCCGUAUCUCAGAAAGCAACGAAGAAUGCAAGUUUGCCAAAGACCUUCCUUCAUUUCUGGUUCCAAAUCUGCCACAUGGAUCGCCCAAGUCCCCAAUUUCUCCAACAGGGCUCUUUAGCCAGGUAAAAUCUGAGGACUCAGAGACAAAAGAUUAUGAAGAUCAGAAAGACCAGAGUGGUGAUGAGAGGCCACCACCCUUUGGUAUCAAACUGAGGAGGACCAACUACUCCCUUCGCUUUCAUAGCGAGCAAUCCACAGAGAAAAGAAAGAAAAGGUACAGUGCAGGUGACAGUUUUGAGGGCAUCCCAGUGCCCCUGACAUCUGAUCACAAUGCUGACACUUCUGUGUUCUCUCAGAAGACCAGCUCCACAACUUCUUCUGAAGAGAUUUCUAAACCCUGUAAACUUCAAACAAUCUGUAUUGUAGAGUCACGGUCCAAACCUGGUAGAAAUACUCUUCCAUCCGUAGGUACAGAACAUGAUAAAGCCAAGCCACCACUUUACCAGAAACCAACCACAUUUCCCAAACCUUCUGAAGUUGCCACCCCUACACCCUCUUCACGAACUAAACCAGGUAGAAAGAUGUCUGGAGAGGCACUUUCCCCAAGGUCAAAAGGGCCUGAAUUGAAAACUGCUGAAGAAUACAGUUAUCCCACAGAUGACAUCAAAGAGUCUGUACAGAGCCAGAGGAACAGUCAGGGUGAUGAAGAGCCAAAAGAAAAGAAGUCUUUCUUUCCAUCCAUCAGCAUCCCAUGGAGGGAGAAAACAGACAGGAGGACUGAACUCAUUAGGAAAGAAAAGCCGUCCCUACAGAGUAGGCAUUCCUUGGACAGCUCACGGGCACAGGAGAAGGAGGCAGGACCGUUGUGGAUUACGCUGGCUUUGCAGAAACAAAAGGGCUUCAGAGAACAGCAGCAGACCAGAGAAGAAAGGAGGAUUCAGAGAGAAGCCAAGCUUGCUGAGAAGCAGGCCAGGGAAAGAGAGAGUGUUGGUGUGAUCAGCCUUACGGAUAGUAAGGGAAAUGGGAACACCAGUCCACCUAAACCACAAACACCGGAGGAGAACAAAAGACCAGACACUUUACUUACUCGCUUUGAGAAACGGGACAACUUAAAAAAAGCCAACACACUACCCAGUUCUGUCACAGUUGAGAUAUCAGACGCUACUCCAUCUCCACCAGCAGCCAAGGACAUAAAGCGCUUCCCGCCCACUGACACUACACAAGUUUCCACUGAACCGGCUUGGCUUGCCCUCGCCAAGCGUAAGGCCAAAGCAUGGAGCGACUGCCCGCAGAUCAUCAAGUGACAUUUCACCUUUGACUUCCAUAAAAGACGAAACAGGCACCUAGUCCGUUACAUCCACAGGGUAUCACUUUAUCCUACUGUACACUCCUAAAAACGAUUGACACUGUACUUACUUGCACUGGUUGGGGAGCAUGUAGGUAUGUAAAGGACUGGUAUGUACAAACAUAAAAUUCAGCUGUCAUGCUUAAAUCUUCUACUAACAACCCACAAACCACUCAAGAAUAUCUAAUGCCUGCUACACACUUACACAGGUCGCAUAAUAUAUAAAUGUGUAGUUCAUCCAUACUUUUUCCAUCCACAUUAUAUCUUACAUCAUUAAAAACAUCAUGAAAAGUUGGUAAAUCUGCUUUCCAAAGUACUAAACUGACUGCAGGAUUAUAGUGUACAACAUAACUUGUAAAGAACAUUAAAACACAAGCUCUCAAUUCAGUUACAUGAAAGUAUAAUAAAAAUUAGUAUGCCAGCAAAUACACCAUAUGGUCAAAAGUGUGUGGACACCCUAUUAAUGAUUGAGUUCAGGUGUUUAGCCAUACACAUUGCUUACAUGAAUAUAAAACCAAUUAUUUUAAAUUACUUACAUGCUUCCAGCAUGACUGUGUCCUUGUGCACAAAGUGUGACGUGACCAGUUUGGCGUGCAGCAAUUUAAGAGGCCUAAACAGAGACCUAAGCUUAACCAUGUUAAAAACCAUGUGACCCAGGCCUUCUUAUCCACCAUUACUGCCUGACCUUUUUUUUUUUUUUAAAGUUCCAAAGACUUUAUUAAGAUGCUGUAUGUAGUAAGUAGAUG